CACCAUUCCUCAAACGCCACCACCGCGCCGCAUCGCCAUGUACGUCGUUCACCGAGACUCGAAGUCACCGAUCAUGCGGUCGACGACGUCCAAGCACCGGCAAUAUGGCACUCUUCUUGCCGGGAUGGCCUGUCUUGGCCUCAUGUUCAUCUCUGGCGCUUGGUCCCACCGCGAAGCCACUGUCAUCGCCCGCCACUUGACUGGAGUUGGGCAUACGGAACCACCGUGUUUGACCGAUGCGGACUGCACAGGAGCUGGAUCGGUGAACCGGUCAAACGUGUGCGUCGAAGAGGUGUGUCGCCCACGGCCGCUCUUCCCGUUCAACUCGGUUGACCUGGCCGGCACCCUUAGCGCUUUCAUCUGCAUUGUCAUCUCAUCUGGUGGUGGCCUUGGAGGCGGUGGUUUGCUCGUCCCUCUAUAUAUCAUCGUGUUGGGCUUCAACUCACACGACGCAAUUCCGCUGUCCAAAGCCACGAUCUUUGGCAGCGCCGUGGCGAGCUGCCUGCUUAACAUUCGAAAGAAGCAUCCGCUGGACCCCCAAAGGCAACUCAUCGACUACGAGGUGAUGGUUAUGAUGGAGCCCAUGACACUGGCCGGCACGAUCAUCGGCGUGAGCAUGAACAAGGUUUGCCCCGAAUGGAUCAUCACGAUGUUGCUCGUGGCGCUGUUGUCCAAGACGAGUCACCGCAUGAUGCAAAAGGGCAAGACGAUCUGGAACCAAGAAGCGGUGAAAGACCGCCGUCGACAGGAGACGGUCUUGCAGCAAUGGACGGACGUCGUGCGAGCAGCCAAGAUGUCCCCUGCCGUCGUGGCAUGCGCUAAACAGUGGCUAGCUGUCACGAAUCAACGGCGCAAGAAAGAAGACGAGGCCGACUCGAGGCUGUCGUCCACCGAAGUGGCGCUGUCCAUGGCCAAUCCCAUCGACGACGAAGACUCGGAUUUCGACGACGACAAAGUGUCCGACGACGAAUUCCUGCUCAAGAAAGCACAUUUGAUGUCACUGAACGGGGUCGUGAUCAAGCCGCCGCAGGUCGCGGCGUUGGAAGAGCUCCACGAGUACAAGCGGUCCAUUCCGUGGGGCGAUCUGUCGGUGCUGCUCGUCGCGUGGAUCGGGUUGUUUGCGUACUCGAUCCUCAAGGGGGGGCACGGCGCCCCCAGCAUCAUUGGCCUCGUCUGUGGCAGUAUGGCGUACUGGAGCUUGACCAUGCUCGCGUUUCCGUUCUUCGUGUCUGUGACGAGCUACUUUGGAUUCAAGAUCCUGCAUCGGCAUGAACUCAUGCAAAGCUGCGGAUAUGCCUAUGUCCCAGGGGACAUUCAAUGGAACCGCCGCACGACGUUGAUUUACCCGUCGUUGUGCACGGUCGCCGGCGUGGCCGCGGGCUUGCUCGGCAUUGGAGGUGGCAUGGUGAAAGGGCCGUUGUUGCUUGAAAUCGGGCUGCACCCGCAGGUGGCGUCGGCCACGUCCACCGCGAUGAUCCUGUUUACGUCGUCCGCCACCACGAUCCAAUUUAUCGUGCUGGGUAUGCUUCCGUACGACUAUGCCGCUUGGUACGGCGCCGUGGGGUUUGUGGGUGGGAUCGUGGGCCAGCUGGGCCUGAGCUACUUGAUCCGAAGGUUCCGCAAGACGGCGUUCGUGCUGUUUGUCAUUGCCGGAGUCAUCGGCGUCAGUGGGUCGGUCAUGGGGGUGUUGGGCGUCCGAGACAUCCUUAACCACGGGUUUCGAGGGUUCCGGUCUCUCUGCUACAACGUCUAGACCUCUAUAGUGUUGCUGUAUUUAUCACGGAAACUAUGACAUAUACGUAUAUACUGUACCGUCU